AUGGACGACUGCGAAGAUAACGAAUCGAAGCCCUCCAGUGAGCUACAAAGAAACGUGCACAACGCCCUAAUUGUGUUCGGACUCGUCGCAGAAAUGAUCCUCUUGGAGAACCACCUCCUGGAGUCAGUCAGUAUAAAUGACAUCUACAAAAGUGUGUACUGUGUCCUCAGGGGAAAGUAUGAAUCGAUGCUGGAGAUUAUUCCACCUCUAGAACAGCGCAGCGAUUAUGUCACCCCAGUGGAGAAUUCGCCCGAGGGGAAGAUCCGGAAGCCCCUGCUAAAGGAACGAAAGCCCUUUCUAAAGGAAGGAAAGCCCUAUCUAAAGAAAUCACAACUAGAGAAACAGGAGAACAGGCCAAACCACACCAAAAGUGGGGAGACUGUCGCAGCAGAUGAACAACUUCCCCUUGCUGACCAGAUCAAAUUAAAAUUUUCGGAAAUAUUUCAAAGUCCCCUCAAGAAGAAGACAAAACUUCCUUACAUCAACAAACUCAGUAGCAUUAAAUAUGCCAUAGCAGGGUGCAUAUACAUGCAUGGGAAGAUAUGGGGCAAAAAUGUCUCCCUAAGAAAUGUCUUGAACGCAAUUGAUUUUAACCUCUUUUUGUUAAACAACGGGUUCUACACAGUUAAAUGUGGCACAUCUAAAAAAGAUGCAGAACAACUGUCCGAUAGAAUCAACCAAUUUGAACCCACUAGCAAGGAAAGCAUCUAUUAUGAGAAAGAACAAAGUCUGAAGAUGGAAAAAGUGAGUUUACGCGCCUUAUCCUUUAACCUCACGAGCAACAUGUCCAGAUAUUCCCUACUCUACGAAUUGAUGUUUAUUACUAGAUCCCCCUACAUUGUGAACAAAUUCCUGAUUUCCGUUUUUAAUGACGUCAUUUGCAUUCCAGACAUAGAGAGCAGGUUUGACGACACCGCCAUUAUCAUUUCUUGCAUGUUAUUUGUUAAUCAUUUUCUUUACCACAUCAAUCGGAACGAUCACUUGAGUUCCUCUCAUUUGGGACUAAUAAAAAAAAAGUACCUUUCUGAAGUGGAAAAAAUUGUGAAUAUAUUUCUCCUCCUGAACCAAGCGAACCGAAGAUCGGGCAUGAGGGAUGUUAUUUUUCUUACGAAGCAGAUUGUACACUUGUAUUCUGUGACGUAUUGA